AUGAAUAUACAGGAUCCGGCCAAAAAACUUUUGAAAUUCACAUGUGAGAAAUGUGAAGAACAUUCUGUCAGUGCUGGCGAUCAACCGUCUAGUGGUGAAGAAGGAGCUGUCAACAUUGCUCCAAGAAGCAGACGAACUGUCACUGAUCAACACGACUUUCGAACGUAUGUAGCUGGCAUCAAUAAAAAGCUUGAUGAAUUACAACCAAUUAAAGAAGCACUGGACACCAACAACAAGGCUUUAGAUAACAACAGCCAGGAAGUUAAAAAGCUCAAAAAUAGUAUAGCAACUAUCGAGGAAGCUAUGAAUUUUUGCUCUAACAAAAUUGACGAAUUUGUCAAAACAACUGCCAAUCUAAGCAAGGAGAACGCACUCUUACAGAAAGAAGUCCACAAGCUGCAGAAAAAAUCGAAAGAGGCCGACGAUAAGCUGGAAUUCAUGGAAGCUAAACUUGAAGAACUGGAACAGAAACUCAAGCUGUCAGAGAUCGAAAUAUGCGGAGUGCCUGUAACCAGGAAUGAAAAUCUACAAACGAUAGUCUGCAACGUCGCAAAGCUAAUAGAUAUCGAGCUGGAUACCAAGACAAUACAGGACAUCUAUCGACCACCAAAAACAACUGGAGCUCGGCCGAUAAUAAUCAAACUCAACACCGUCAAUGCUCGAAAUACCUGGCUAGAGCGCGCCAAAGUGAAAAGGGGGAUUAAAGCCAAGGACGUAUAUACGGGCUUUCCAGAGACAGCAGUGUAUAUAAACGAAGCGCUUACACCCGCAAAAAAACGACUACUGUACUUGGCCAAGAUGUUUGCGAGGGAAAAACGUUAUAAAUAUGUAUGGAUCAAAGAUGGAAAUGUACUUAUGCGCAAAGAUGAGGGCGAAAAAACUAUCCAGGUAAAACACCACAUAGACUUAGAGAACUUAGCGCAGCCGAUAGAAAACACAGCAGAAUAG